GAGCCAGGAGCGGAGCCGCGCGGAGCCGGGGCCCGAGCCGGAGCGCAGCGAGAGCGCCCGCCGCACGCGCGCCCGUCCCCGUCCCCUGCGGCCGCCAACGCCACCCGGACUGGAGCCCUGACAUUGCUGCGCUCGGGGGGCUCCAGGCAGCCCGGAUCGGGGCCUUUAUUUCUCGUCAGCGACGCCCCGCACCGCGCCUCGCAAAGCCGAACACCAGAGCACCCUAGAAGGUUUAACUAAAAGAAUGCUCAUGUUUGACCCAGUUCCUGUCAAGCAAGAGGCCAUGGACCCUAUCUCAGUGUCAUACCCAUCUAAUUACAUGGAAUCCAUGAAGCCUAACAAGUAUGGGGUCAUCUACUCCACACCAUUGCCUGAGAAGUUCUUUCAGACCCCAGAAGGCCUGUCGCACGGAAUACAGAUGGAGCCAGUGGACCUCACGGUGAACAAGCGGAGUUCACCCCCUUCGGCUGGAAAUUCACACUCCUCUCUGAAGUUCCCGUCCUCACACCGGAGAGCCUCGCCUGGGUUGAGCAUGCCUUCUUCCAGCCCACCGAUAAAAAAAUACUCACCCCCUUCUCCAGGCGUGCAGCCCUUCGGCGUGCCACUGUCCAUGCCACCAGUGAUGGCAGCUGCCCUCUUGCGGCACGGAAUACGGAGCCCGGGGAUCCUGCCCGUCAUCCAGCCGGUGGUGGUGCAGCCCGUCCCCUUUAUGUACACGAGUCACCUCCAGCAGCCUCUCAUGGUCUCCUUGUCGGAGGAGAUGGAAAAUUCCAGUAGUAGCAUGCAAGUACCUGUAAUUGAAUCAUAUGAGAAGCCUAUAUCACAGAAAAAAAUUAAAAUAGAACCUGGGAUCAAACCACAGAGGACAGAUUAUUAUCCUGAAGAAAUGUCACCCCCCUUAAUGAACUCAGUGUCCCCCCCGCAAGCAUUGUUGCAAGAGAAUCACCCUUCGGUCAUCGUGCAGCCUGGGAAGAGACCUUUACCUGUGGAAUCCCCGGAUACUCAAAGGAAGCGGAGGAUACACAGAUGUGAUUAUGAUGGAUGCAACAAAGUGUACACUAAAAGCUCCCACUUGAAAGCACACAGAAGAACACACACAGGGGAAAAGCCCUACAAAUGUACAUGGGAAGGGUGCACAUGGAAGUUUGCUCGGUCUGAUGAACUAACAAGACAUUUCCGAAAACAUACUGGAAUCAAACCUUUCCAGUGCCCGGACUGUGACCGCAGCUUCUCCCGUUCUGACCAUCUUGCCCUCCAUAGGAAACGCCACAUGCUAGUCUGAUUGCCUCUGUGUCCUGCCUCAGCGUGACUCCCCACUCACCUGGCUCUCUCUCUGUCCUGCCUCCCAUUAUCUAACACAUUUUUUACAUGUACAUUUUAAUUUGAUUCAGCUGGUCUGAAUCUCUGAAUUUAUAUCAUCCAAAACUUCCAUAUGGUCAGUAGUAGAUGUUCUCUAAUCCUCCCUCUCCUUACCACGGGUCAGACCUAAAGAAUGUGAACACUUUUUUUUUUUUUUCUGGGGAUGCUAAGCAAACCCUUCUUAUAGAUACGUUUAAUGUAAUAAGAACAAGGGAACAUGUAAACUAACAUAACCAACUGUCAGUUCUCCAUGUAUUCCUCAAAAGAAUGUCAGAGUAAAUGUAUUAGAAAUACAGUAUCCAGACUGCUAGUCCUUGCCAGAGACAUUCUUACCUCUGCCCUGUGAUAAUAUUUUAUGCUUGACAGUGAAAACAGGUGUGGCCCCUUGCACGGGUUAGCUAGAAGUACAGCAAGAUUUCAAGCUAGUGCAGUCACCUCUUCCGUCAUUCUUCACAAAUCUUGUCAACCUGGAUCUUAGACUUCAUCUGAAUCAAGUUCUUUGCCCUCCUUUGUGCCUGCAGCUCAUAUGGAGGUCUUUGCCACCAAUGGGAGAUGAGCGCAAACUUUCCAUCUAGGUGGGUGAUGUGUAGCAGUUCAAGGGAAGGGUGCUGUGUUUUCAUAGCAUGGAGUCGGAGGAGAGGGCCAUUUAGCACGGGGGAGCAGAAGAGGCAAUUCCUCCUGGGCUAGGGGUUGUCAGUGAGGUUUCAACAUUUUGUUAGCUGUGUGCAGCAUUCCCAGAGCUUCAGUCUCUGUGCAUACUCAGCUUUGCAGAACCAUGCUGCAAAGCCAUAUACCGAUAGGGUUAUCCAUGCAACUAUCUCCAUUCCUACAAUGUCCUUAAUAUGAGAUCAUCAAACAUUGAUAGCAGGGACUCCAUGGAAUAUUUGCCCAGUAAUGAUAAGAAAUCUCUUGGGUAAGAGUGUGGAUGGUUCUUCUUUUACCCAAUCUGCUUAUAGCUUUUUUUGUAAACAGGGAAAUGUUGAGUGGUACUUGUAUUCCCUUAUCAAAUUAAUCACAUAGCUUUUAUACAGAAACUCUUCUGUGUGAGCUGUUAAGGUGCCAAAUUGGCUGUCAUUUGUAUUCAUGACACAUACCAUAAAGCAUCUGCUAAUGCUUUAAUGGAUUGAUUCAAUUAAGACCUGAGUGACACUAUUUGUAAAUAUAACUAGUUGUGAAGCACACAUACCUUUAUUUUGGGAAUUUAUGAAAAAAUAUAGAAAACCACAGAUCAGGGAUUCAUAUAUGUAGCUCAAAAAUUCCCAAAAGUUUACUGUUAGAGUUGGCAAUUUCCUAUCACUAUUUCAGUGUCAGAACAAACUGAAAAUAAUGGCUCGUGUUUAUGUUGAAGAUAAAUAGCACCAUUAUUGGGGGAAGUUAUUCAAAAGCAGGCUUUUGAACACCAUAGUCUAAAUGCUAAUAAAAAUAAUUCAUACAUAGAAAUGUCAUUGGUCCUGAAUUUGAAGAAAGUGAGCAACAGUAGUUAAAUGUGGGUGCAUAUAACCAAAUUCCCCUUCAUCAAGAAUGGGGGAGAAGAGAGAAGAAGAAUGAAAUCCUGAAGAUUCAUCCCAGCCACAACUCAGGAUCCAACACAACUUUAACUGGGAGGAAUACAUUGUUUGAUCAUUUUUAAAACAUCUGUGAAUGAGUGAUUCCGGAGGCCUGUGAAUUGUGUGGGGAGCUUACUUUGAUGGCACUAUGUUAAUAAAAGUUGUAGGGACUGUGCACCUAAGAGGUCCCACUCAUCCGCCCUGUGAACCAGCUGUAAAGAAAUGUAGUUGAGAAAUGCAAAGAAAUGUGUUAUCUUGGCACUUGGGUUUGAUUUUCCUUUUUUUUAAGCACUGCAAAAUUUCUUUAGGAUAUUAAAACAUCCUAAUUGGGCUGUUUUUUUGUUUUGUUUUGUUUUGUUUUUCAGCUAAAGGCAAAGAGAAUUUUUUUUUUCAGCUGAAGUUUUUCUUUUUUGCAACUAUGACAUGAAUUGAGUGAUAAGAUGGCUCUUUGAAAAGUAGACAUUGUCUGUGUUGUAAAUGCUUAGUCAUAUUCAUGGCAAAGUGUUCAUUUCUUGAGAUGGUUCUUUCACAACACACAAGAAUCAAGAUGGAACGCAAGGAAAAUCUUUUUGUUUUGACCGAGGUAACCAGUUUGUGUGUGUUCCAAUCCACAGAGAAGUGGGGAAAGGGCGAGAAAGGAUCAGAUUGAUCUGGGAUCAGCUUUGAGCCUGAGUUCAGUGAAUAGCCUCAUGGGCAUCUCAUGGAAUUGAUGCAUUUGCUGUGGCAUAUUUAAAUUUUGUUCAAAAGAUUUUAAGCAAGACCUUGCGAAGACUCUUAACGUUACUGUUCAGCUUGCUUAGAUUGUGUUAACAGUUCAUUUAACAAAGAUCCAUUUUAACUCUGGAACAAAAGCAACCCAGAGCGGCCAUUCUCUAUUCCCAUGCUGGUCAAUAUGCUUUCAUUACAAAUUGGCCCUUACCAAACUUUUCUUAUAUAUAUAUUUGUAUUUUACUAUGAUAGUUGAGAAAUUUAGCCUCUUAGUCAUUUUUAGCUGUUAUUGUGGAAGACCUCAAAUACAAGAUUAGAUGCCCUUGAACGUGUUUUAAUGAUGUGUGUCAUGUUACUAUCAAUGGUGAUUUCAAUCACAAUAUUUUAAAUUGAUGAGAAUGAUUUGUAAACAUGAAGUUGCUAUUAUGUAAA